AUGGGUAGAGGCAGGAUGCAACUCAACGGUGCAUCCUUUUUGAUGUUGUUCAUGAUUGGGGCAAUUGCGGAGGCAGCAAGAACUCCGCCUGGAAUCGCAAACAACCCACCAAACACUGCUACAUGCCAUAAUACGGCGUACAAGGAGUGUCACAACUUGGUUCAUGUUUGUCCUAAGUUCUGUGAUAAUGGUUGUCAUGUGAACUGUCGUUCAUGCAAACCCAUUUGCGGCCCUGACGAUGGAUCAUCUGAUGCUCCUCCAGAAGACAGCACUCCUCCACCAGGUGGUGAUGACAAAGGCAAUGGGAAAGAUAAAACUCCUCCAGUUACAGCUCCUUCCGUGCCAGCUCCUUCACCUCCAAUUUACCCCACACCUCCCACCGUUCCCGCGCCCACACCUCCCGUCGUGCCCGCGCCUUCACCUCCCGUAGUCCCUACACCACCCGCCGAGCCAAUUCCCUCACCUCCAAUUACACCAACACCACCUUCUGAGCCUACCCCAUCACCUCCUGUAACACCUACACCUACGCCUCCAAUUUACCCCACACCUCCAACCGUGCCUUCACCUCCCAUUGUCCCUACACCUACUCCUUCACCUCCAUUCACACCUACGCCACCCGCCGAGCCAAUUCCCUCACCUCCGGUUACACCCACACCACCUUCUGAGCCUAUCCCAUCCCCUCCUGUAACACCUACACCUCCCUCUGAGCCAACUCCUUCACCUCCGGUAACACCUACGCCACCUGCAGAACCUACUCCUUCACCCCCGGUAACACCAACACCACCUUCUGAGCCAAUUCCUUCACCACCAGUGACACCUACACCACCAUCUGACCCAACUCCAUCACCUCCAGUAACACCUACACCCCCCGCUGAACCAGUUCCUUCUCCUCCAGUUACACCUACACCACCAUCUGAGCCUAUUCCCUCACCUCCAGUUUAUCCAACGCCACCUUCAGAACCAACUCCUCCACCUCCAGUGACACCAACACCACCUUCUGAACCAACUCCUUCGCCUCCAGUAACACCAACACCACCUUCUGAACCAACUCCUUCGCCUCCAGUAACACCAACACCACCUUCUGAACCAACUCCUCCAUCUCCUGUUUACCCCACACCACCUUCUAGUCCUACACCUACGCCUACAAGUCCAUCAACUCCGCCAAGUUCAGAUGUUUCAGCGAAGAGGAGAAGGAGGUGCAGAAACCCAAAAUAUAGCCAGUGCUACAAUGUUGAGCAUGUGUGCCCUGCUGCUUGUCCUACUAGUUGUAUGGUCGACUGUGCAACCUGCAAGCCCAUGUGCAACUGCGAUCAACCGGGAGCUGUUUGCCAAGAUCCACGAUUCAUAGGUGGUGAUGGAAAUACCUUCUACUUCCAUGGGAAACAAAAUCGCAACUUUUGCCUGCUUUCAGAUUCUAACCUCCACAUAAAUGCCCACUUCAUUGGUAAAAGAAACCAAAACAUGAAAAGAGAUUUUACCUGGGUCCAAGCCAUCGGUGUCCUCUUCAAUAAUCACAAGAUAUAUGUCGGAGCUCGAGAAACAGCAAUGUGGGACGAUUCUGUGGAUCGUCUAGGACUCUCCUUUGAUGGACAACCCAUCUACUUGCCUGAAUCAGAAGGUGCGAAAUGGCAAUCUGAAGUUGACCCAAGUGUCACCAUAACCAGGUCGAGUGUGGCUAACAAAAUAAUCGUCGAAGUUGAAGGAAGCUUCAAGAUAACUGCUAAUGUUGUACCCAUAACGGAAGAAGAAUCCAGGGUUCACAAGUAUGGAAUAAGUAAAGACAACUGCUUUGCUCAUCUUGAUCUGGGCUUCAAGUUUUACUCACUCAGUGACAAUGUAAAUGGUGUUCUAGGACAAACUUACGCAAACGAGUAUGUGAGUAAAGUGAAAAUGGGCGCUUCUAUGCCUGUCAUGGCUGGGGAUGAUAAGUUUAUUACUUCAAGUAUCUUUGCAAAUGAUUGCAGUGUCGCUAGAUAUACUGGCAUUGGGUCUUCAAACAGAGGAUUUUCUUCAGAGUAUGCUAGCGUAACUUGCAGUAGCGGAAUCGAUGGACGUGGUGUGGUCUGCAAAAGAUAG